AUGCCAAAACUUUUAAAUCUUUCUAUUCAUCUUCAAAAUCCUUUAUCAGAAGUUGGUAUUUUAAUUAAUAAAUGUAAUAUUGUUAAAAAUCUUUUUAUUUUUGUAUAUCUUAAACAUGAUGAAGGUUUUAUUGAAGAAAAUUGGAAAAAUUUAUUAGUUGCAUCAAAAAAUAUUACAACAUUUACAUUUUCUAUAUAUGCUUUAUGUGAUUGUCAUAAUAAUGAUUGUUUUUAUUAUACAACUAUUCCACAAUAUAUUUAUAAUAAUGGAUCAAAAUUAAUGAAAAUUAAUGGUAAAGAAAAAUUUAAAUUAGAAUAUUUAACAAUAUUAAAUAUUAAUCAUAAAAUUAAAUGUAAAGUAUGUAAAUCAUAUUUAUCAUAUAUAGAUCGUAGAUGUUUUGUAUCCCCAGAAAGUAUAAUUACACUGGAACGUAAAACUCAAAAAAUAAUAUGCCUUCGAACUUCUCAAAUUUCUAAUAUAUUUUAA